AUGAUGAGGCUAGCAAGUGGCUCUGGAAGAAUGGCAGAGGAACAUCAGGGAGCUCUCGUAAUGGAAGUGUCGUUUGAAAUGCGAGUGUUGUAUCCAACAGAUGAACACCUUUUCGAUUCGGGUUUGAUGACCAAAGAAGAGUUGGCGUUAUUCAAAACAAUCCACAAAUGGUUUGUGCCAAUCAAUUGGAUUCAAACGAUGAUGGUCCGUUGUUUCGAGAAAGGAACUCUGGGUCAUACAAACGAACUACGUGUACUGUUGGACGCCCUUGAAAAGUAUCGAAACGGUUUUUUCCAGUUGUUUAUUUAUGAUUGGAUCGCCAUUCCACUGGUGUACACUCAGGUGUUUUCUAUUUCCGUUUAUGGAUAUUUUGCGUUUGCUCUCAUCGGACGUCAGUUUCCAAGCCAUAAUCAGUACCGGGAACCAGUUGAUAUAAAGGCUGACCUCCAAGAAUGGGUGAGGGUGGUGGACAUUCCAUCCACAAACCUAAAAGGACAAUUGGUCCGAAAUCGCCUAUAUGAUCGUGUUUGUGUGACCCCUUCCUGUGUCAUAUGUCCAUUCGGCAGGGACGGCGAUUGUAUGACGUACGUGCCUAUCUUCACCAUCCUUCAGUUUUUGUUUUUUGUCGGAUGGCUGAAAGUCGGUGAGGAUUUGAUGUUCCCGUUCGGAGCUGACGACGAGGAUUUUGAGUUCAACUAUAUCCUUGAGCGAAAUUUGGAGAUGGCUUACUUGAUUGUCGAUGAUCUUCACAAUCAAGUCCCACCGGUGUACGUUGAAUCGCUUGACGACAAAGUUGAG